UCGGUGGUCAGCAAAUGUGCUAUAGUGCUGCUUUAGAAGAUUGAAGAAAAUGGCACACGUGGUUUCCCUCCAUCUUCAUCUCUCUGCAGAUACAAGAAAAGCUGCUCCUUCACGGCCACCCGAGUUUAUAAAAAGACCAAACAAAUCCAACAACUCUGCUUCUUCUCCUAGGAAAGGUCCAUUGAAGAAAACCCACAAGUUGAAUUUGGAGAUUUCCCCUCAUAGAGCUGUAUCGGCAGUGAGAUUGAUGCGAGUAGAGAUGGGUGGUGCAUUUGCUGAUCUCUUGAAUGAGAAAGGGAAAGGUUCGGGGGAAAAUGAAAUGGGUUAUGUUGAAAGAACUCUUGGAUUUCGAACAAAGAAUCUGGAUGAUCGCGAUCUAAGAUUGGUCACAGAUGUUGUUGGUGGCACUAUCCGCUGGAGGAGAUUUCUUGAUCAUUUAAUUUGUUCAUUGUGCCAUGAUGAGAAUGUAUUUAGGAGAAUGGAACCUCUUCUCUUGCAGAUUCUCCGAAUUGGUGCUUAUGAGAUUGUCAAGCUAGACAUGCCAUCAUAUGCUGUUGUAGACGAGAAUGUGAGACUUGCAAAAGUUGCCCUUAGGCCUGGUGCUGGUAACAUGGUUAAUGGAAUUCUACGUAAACUAGUUUUGCAUAAGGAAAGCAACUCUCUUCCUCUCCCUAAAUUGGAAGGCGAUGCUCGUGCACAAGCACGUGCUCUUGCCACUCUACAUUCUCAUCCCGUGUGGAUGAUAAGGCGCUGGACAAAGUAUUUUGGGCAAGAAGAAGCAAUUAGGCUAAUGAUGUGGAACAACAGUAAUCCCAGUUUUAGUUUGAGGGCAAACAAGGGGAAAGGACUGAACAGAGAUGACCUUGUGACGAGACUCAACUUGUUGAAGGUUCCUCACGAGCUUUCUUUACAUUCAGACCAGUUCGUCCACUUAAAAACAGGAUUACAGAUUGUUAUACAAGCUGGAUUACUUAAAGAAGGUUUCUGUUCUGUUCAGGAUGAGAGUGCAGGUUUGGUAGUUUCUGUUGUGGAUCCUCAACCUGGUGAUAGCAUCAUUGACUGUUGUGCUGCUCCUGGGGGAAAGACACUUUACAUGGCAUCUCUGAUGGAAGGCCAAGGAAUGGUAUACGCAAUCGACAUAAACAAAGGCCGUUUGAGAAUCCUUCAAGAAACGGCUAUACUUCACCAAGUUGACUCUGUUAUCACUGCUAUUUCUUCAGAUCUUCGCGUCUUAGCCGAAAAUUAUCCAAUGAAGUCUGAUAAAAUUUUGCUGGAUGCUCCUUGUUCCGGGCUUGGUGUUCUCUCCAAGAGAGCGGACUUGCGAUGGAAUAGAAGAGCAGAGGAUUUGGAAGAACUAAAAAGUUUGCAGGAUGAACUCCUUGAUGCAGCUUCCGGAUUAGUAAAGCCUGGUGGAAUUCUAGUAUAUAGCACCUGCUCCAUAGACCCUGAAGAGAAUGAAGAUAGAGUGGAAGCAUUUCUUCUAAGGCACCCGGAAUUUCAAAUAGAUCCUGUUGACAGAUACGUGCCGCCAGAUUUUGUAACGGAGCGGGGCUUCUAUUCUUCUAACCCAGUAAAACAUUCAAUUGAUGGAGCUUUUGCAGCUCGGCUAGUUAAAGCCUUAUGAAGGGAUUAUAAUCCAUUCCCAUAUUUUCUCUUGAAAGCCAGUCACUCUUGCUCAGACCACUUUAUGACUACAAGAGGCCCUUUUCAGGUGAAGGGUUCUUGCCAAAUAAGCUGAAGACUGCACAUAAUGCGAUUUGGUAUAGUCGUACAGAAUGCGGAAAACUGCAGGAGAAAGAGGAUGCUAUUCAGUGAUCCUGGUAUUCACAAGUAUGAUGAUUUUGAGUUGGAUGACAUGUAACCUUAUGUUACUUUGAAAACAAGCAUCAAGAAUCAUAGGAUUUCAUGUGUGAACACUGUUCCAAUGCAAGGCCCUAUUAUAGGAGCUCUGCAUAAAUUAUGGGAAGCAAUUUUUGUUAUUCUAGUAUUUUAGAGCAUUGUAAUCCUUGAAUCAUAUUUUUGCAGAAUAUCAGAAUUAAUUA